CGCCUUAGUCUAAAUAGACUGUAAAAUGGAGAUGAAGUCUUAACAAAUUUUCUGAAGAUCUGUCGCUGGAGAGAAGUCCUUGAGUAAGAUGAACUGGCUGGUGCUUCUGGUCCUUGGUGUACUUCUAUCGAUUGUGAUGGCUGAAAACGAACCCUAUGUGUGCGAUGGAAAGGACGACAGAGUCUGUGAUGAGUAUCGCUGCAUAUGUCGCAGAAGGACUACAGAACGGUAUCCAAAUACAGAGUAUGAAUUUUGAAUGAGAAAUAUAAAAUGAGUGAAGUUCGAAUUGCUAUAUUAGUAAAUCAAUAUGUAAACAUCAAAAAUAGUAGUUAUGGAAGUUAAUUUAUAUAUUAUAUCUUUCAAAAAAUGUAAAAAAAAAUUAAAAGAUGCAUAAAAUAUAUUAAAUA